UUCCAGUCGGAGGCCGUCAAUCAAUUGUUGAGAUGAAGAGAACUUCAACUCGAGUUGGUAACGGAAGAGGUAGGUUCCCAACAGGAAGGGGUGGAAUGUAUCGCAAUGACAGCUUCAGAGGGGCCCGGGGGAACUACGGUGGAGGUGGUAGGGGUUUUGGUGGAAGACCGGAAUUUAACAACAACAACAACAACAACAGAGGUGAAUAUCCCACUGGUAGGGGAAGGGGUUAUCCAAGUGGUGGCAGAGGCGAAGGUUAUCAACAAGUUAGAGGUAGAGGCGGCCGUUCAGGUGGAGCAGCUAGGCAACCAAAUAGUGCUAAUGCCUCGUGAAAACUCCCUAUUUCUCACUGUGUUGGAGUUUUCAUUCCUCAACUGUUCAUCAAUUGUUCAUCCCGUGGGAGUAAGUAAGCGUCCUUGUUUUCCCCAUCUAUUAGAAAUAUAAAUGUACAAGUGUUUUGGGUAUUCCAGAAAUGGAUGACCUCUAGAUUUCUAUACCAGCAUGGUUGUUUGCCAUAGUGGGGUGGGAGUCCCAUUUUGUAGGCUUUAGAAUUAGGAGUAGUAGCCAUGCAGGCGUGGGGAACAUACUCAACUCAUCGGAAGUUCUUAUUCCGAUGUCGGCUGUUCGGUAGAUUUUUGGAUGUUGAUCUUGAUAGAGAAGAGGUAGUAUUAUCUGGGUAGUAUUAUCGAGUUGAAUUGCAGGUUAUGGCAAUUUGUCUGGGUUACCACCAUUUCUUUGUUUGGAAGUGAUGGGUGGACUAUUUUGUGGGAAUUUCAAUGAAUCCAAAAUUCAAAUGGUUUACUAUGACUAUCUGGAGACUGGAAGUGACAGUGAAUGUUAAAAGUGUUUGAAUUUGUCAAGCCUGAUAAACUCUCUAUGAUACUGUUGUUCAACAAUGGCGUCUAUUAGGGAGGCCCUGACGAGGGAGAAGAUCUCAGAAACGCGGCAAUGAGAAUGUUGUUUGAACUUGUGGUUUAAGAAUGUUGUUUGGUUGUUUUGUACUCGAUCGUAAACAUGCAUUUGAACGAUUAUGUAGUUAAUUCAGUAAUGUUGCAGUUUGUUGAAUUUUAUAUUAAAUAUGCCUAUUUAGUUUAUUCAGAUUUGUUAUCCGGUAUAUUCUGGUUUUAUUCCGGUAUUAUUCCGAAACGGUAUCCCGAAUCUGCCGGUACGGUUUUUUAACAAAAAAAAUAUUAUUUAAUUAGAAAAACGGUAUUUUGCCGGUACACAACAAUUGAACUAUGAUAGUACCACAAAAUACCCGACCACUAGCGGAGCCGGUAUGACUUCCGGUACGAUUUUCUUUACCAUGUCUGUAAUUCUUCCGAAUUACGAAUAGUAUUCAAAUUCCUCGUUUUUCAAUUAUCUAAAGCAUUCGCUAAAGGGUUGAAGGGAGAUAGUGCAUCAAGCUGUUCGCAAAGGGUAAAAAGUGGAAUUUGUGCUUGUGGAAAUUAUCGAGUAAUCGGAGAUGGAAAAGAAAACCCAAAGUUUUGUGAACAAUGCGGAGUUGAAUUUGUUGAUUCUCGGAUACGAAGGUAUCAAAUGGGCUACAUCAAACUGGCAUGUCCGGUAACUCAUGUGUGGUAUUUAAAGCGUGGUUGUCAGCAGAUAAGCGUGAGUCUUUUGAAAUUGUUGUACUGUCCUUUGAAGAAAUCCCGACCAAUGAUAUUAAUUAUUUUUAGUCAUCAAACUUGAACUUCUUAAUAAUCUAAGUCACCAACCUUGAAAUUUACCCGACAAUAAAAUUAGAAAGAAUUGACGGUUCAAAAUGUGGGAUACCCUAAAGUUAACAAGAAGAACUUCCCGCGCGAGAGGGUUCUAGGUGGGCGUAGAGGCGAGGAUUUGGCGCCAAGAAUUCAAGUUUGGAAAAGAGAAGUGAGGCGGGUUGCAAAACAGGCCAGCCACGCACCACGUAGGCCCAACAAUCUUCUGGUGUGGACACGAACGCCCAACAUCCCUGCUCAUCUGGAACUCUCUACACCACAAAACACAAUACAAUACAAUACAAUAC